GACUUCGAGCUGAUAAGCAACUGAGCGCUUCCUUAACAUUCAGAAGCUUCAUGAAGAUUAGCAAUGGUGGUCUCAUAUGCUCUGCGAUUCCCACUAUCUCCAUGUCCAAACCCGAACCCGAACCCAAACCCUAUCGCGAAGUUUCCAUUUCUGCCUCCUACACUGUUUAGAUGCUAUUGUUCUUCCACUGAAACUGAAACCUCUGCCCAAUUGCCUCCAAACCCUUCGCCUCUCCUUUCUCCUAACAAAUGGCAUCCUUUUAUGAAGAAAAAAGUCGUAAUGCGUGUCGGAUACGUCGGCACCGAUUAUAGAGGUCUGCAAAUGCAACGAGAUGAACACAGAUUAUCCACUAUUGAGAAAGAACUGGAAACUGCUAUUUUCAAGGCCGGUGGCAUCCUUGAUAGCAAUUAUGGGGAUCUGUACAAAGUUGCUUGGGGUCGAAGUAGCAGAACUGACAAAGGAGUCCACUCUUUGGCAACUAUGAUCUCCUUAAAGAUGGAGAUUCCUGAGAAUGCAUGGCAAGGAGACCCUUAUGGCAUUUUGCUUGCUAAUUGUAUUAACUCUUAUCUUCCUCAUACUAUCAAAGUCUUUAGUAUUCUGCCUUCGAAAAAGAGAUUUGAUCCUAGAAGAGAGUGCAAUCUGAGAAAGUACUCUUACCUCCUCCCUGCUGAUAUUAUAGGAAUCCAAAGUCAUCUUAGUGAGAAUGAAAUUCAAUAUCAUAUUUCGGACUUCAACACUAUACUUAGCGCCUUUGAGGGAGAACAUCCUUUCCAUAAUUAUACUGUCAGGUCAAAGUACAGGAAAAAAUUGAAGGUAAGGCAAUCACCUGGAAAUGUUGGCAUGUCAAGCAGAAGAGACUCUCUUGGUAUGAUCUCAGCUUCUGGAUCAGAAUCUGAGGAAAGUGAUGGAGAGGAUUUUGACGGUUGUGAACCAUCCACUUCAAGCAACAGGGAACAGGAGGAGAAAUCUUUAGAUGUUGACGCUUCUAAUUUAAAUUAUAAAAACUCCCGUUCAGCUGUCUAUGCAAGAUGGUUAUAUGAGCCUGAUGAGACUGAUAGAUUAAAUGCUUCCCAUUUCAGAAGGGUUUUUCAUUGUUCUUGUGGGAACUUGGAAAAUUCACUCGGAUAUGGUUAUGUUGAGAUCAACAUAUGGGGGGAGUCAUUCAUGUUGCAUCAAAUCCGCAAAAUGAUUGGAACUGCAGUGGCAGUAAAGCGGGACUUGCUUCCUAGAGACAUCCUUGCAUUGUCGCUGGUUAAAUUUUCUCGAAUUGUCCUCCCUCUUGCCCCAGCAGAAGUUUUAAUUUUAAGGGGAAACACAUUUAGAAUGAGAGCAAGUGCUGGAAACAUGACAAGGCCAGAAAUGGUGUCUAUGGUUGAAUCGGAACAAAUUCUUCAGGCAGUUGAUGACUUCUAUUUAUCUGUUAUGCUGCCUAAAGUUUCAAUGUUCCUAGAUUCAUCAAAUUCUCCUUGGACAGAUUGGGUUGAGAAAUUGGAUAGGAACUCAAGCAUUCCACAUUCUGAACUAGAUGAAGUCAGAAAAGCUUGGAAAACAUGGAAGGAAAAGAGAUCAAAUGCUGCACUAGAUUCAUAGUAAAUGUAUGUAAUUGAGGUAUAUAUCUUCCAACCUAUCUAUUGUUGCUUGCAAGUUAAUGGCAUUGAAGGUUGCUAUUGUCACUCGCAGAGUCUUCAGAGCUCAGACAUUGAAGAUAAUGCAGAAUAUGAUCUGGUCAUCUGGAUGAGUAGACUCACCUGUUUGUAGAUCUUUGUAUUUGCCUGGGCUUGGCGGAAGACAGUUCUUAAUCUAACUGUUAACUGCAUAUUAUGAAAAUAGUACCAGCAGGUAUUAAGCACUCUUCUUUCUCCAAACUGGUGAAAAGGAUAUCUUAACACAAGGUGAUGUAAUUUGCUACUUUCGUCUGUUAACACGCAACACAGGUAGUGGUAAUCUAGUUUCAAGUGCUAUUGAUUUAUACAUGAUGUAUAAUUGUAUUUAUACCCAGGGUGCUUCGUCUAGAGAGUUUCUGUCUGUUAGUAGACUGAUUUAUUUUAUGGAAUGAAUACUCUU